CGGGCGUCGUCGCCGGCGCCAUUUUGCGAACGGCGAGCAGGGGCGGCAGCGCGGAGAGUGCAGCGGAGGUUUUGCUGGUUUCGGACCCGAGCGGCCGGAUGGUGAAAUCCUCCCUGCAGCGGAUCCUCAACAGCCACUGCUUCGCCAGAGAGAAGGAGGGGGAUAACCGUAGCGCCACGCUCCACGCCAGCUGCACCAUGCCGCUUCUCAGUCUGCACAGCCGCGGCAGCCGCAGCAGCGAGAGUUCCAGGCAGUCCGUCCACUGCUGUAGUAACCUGGGUCCAGGGCCUCGGUGGCGCUCCGAUGUCCCUCACCCACCCCUGAAGAUCCCAGGUGGGCGAGGGAACAGUCAGCGGGAUCACAGUCUUUCAGCCAGCGUCCUCUACUCCGACGAGCGGCUGAAUGUGACCGAGGAGCCGACGUCUAACGACAAGACUCGCGUCCUGAGCAUCCAGUGCAUGCUCACAGACGCCAAGCAUGUGACCUGGAGGGCGGUGUGGAGCGGUGGCGGCCUCUACAUUGAGCUCCCUGCCGGACCCCUGCCUGAGGGCAGCAAGGACAGCCUCGCAGCUCUCCUGGAGUUCGCUGAGGACCAGCUCCAGGCUGACCAUGUCUUCAUCUGCUUCCACAAGAACCGAGAUGACAGAGCCGCCCUGCUCCGAACCUUCAGCUAUUUGGGCUUUGAGAUUGUGAGACCUGGGCACCCCCUCGUCCCUAAGAGACCCGAUGCUUGCUUCAUGGCCUACACGCUGGAGAGAGAGGCCCCAGGCGACGAGUAGGCCAGUGGCCGCACCUCUCCUGGCUUGUCGCAUGUUGUGAUUGUGCAAAAUAAACGCUCACUCCACAGUAGCGGGCACUGCCUGCAGUUUUGUUGUGUUGCGAUACUCAAGUGUUUGCUUCAAUUCUAAAUAAAGGUUUCUAUUUUACUUUUUCAUCGCUGUUCAAGCUGGUCUGGUGACCUGUGCUAAGGAGCUAGGUGAAAUCUGGCAGUGUCACCUCCCCUGCUCCAACCAAUAAAGCCAUCAGUUCACCCGC